GUCGAUGCUACUUCAAUAUCUCAUGCAAGCGUCCUGCCACUGAGCUUCAGUUGGGUUUCAUGGCAUAAACUAUGUUGAUUAAAGCAGAACAGCGUAUGUUCAGCGGAAAAACCGCUCUGCUGUGCCAUGAUGGGUUCCCCAAUCGGAACCGUACCCUCCUGGCCCAGAACCCAAAGAUUCCUCGCUUCCUCACACUGAUGGGAGUGGUCUAGAAACUCUUCUCUUGAAUAUACACGUUCUUGGCGGUCGAUUUCUAUGAUGUGACACGUAGGAUUGAAGCUGCUUCAUCGAGAUUGAAAAGACCGCACUCCCUUGGGAAGGUAGGAGAGCUUCCUGGUUGAACAGACAUGAACGGCUUAUCGGCAUUUAUUCAUUCAAGACGGGUGGUUUGCCAUCACGGAGGUGGUGACAUUCCAUGUGGUGCCCCCACGCUUACUCAGCAAUUUGGCGUUGGGCUGUGAAUGGAUUGCCUGGCGCUGGCAGACAGACCAUUGAAGUCAGUAUUCCCUUUACAUACCUGUGAAAAUGAACUAAUGCAUCGGCAUGUAGAAAAAGAGGGAGAUGCGAGAGUCGGGGUUGCUCCGUGCGUAGCGGGUCAUGUGCUUUGCGGCGUGACCAAAGUUUCUCCCGCUAGCCGAAUCGCGAAUGGACUCAGCCGAAAGAUUCCUGCCCGCGACCUCACCCGAGCUGUCUCCAGCAUCACAUCCCCAUUGCCAGCUCAGCCCAUCAUGAACUCUUUCCGCUUCGCGCGCGCGGCUCUCCGGGCCCGCCCUGCUGCUAUCCGCGCCCCCCUCCAGCGCAGAACCUACGCAGAUGCCGUCUCGGACAAGAUCAAGCUGAGCUUGUCGCUCCCUCACCAGGCCAUCUACAAGUCCCAGGAUGUCGUUCAGGUCAACAUCCCCGCCGAGUCCGGCGAUAUGGGUGUCCUCGCCAACCACGUUCCCUCCAUUGAGCAGCUGAAGUCCGGCCUGGUCGAGGUUAUCGAGGAGAGCGGCCCCAACAAGCAGUUUUUCCUGUCUGGCGGUUUCGCCGUUGUUCAGCCCAACUCUGUCCUCAGCAUCAACGCCACCGAGGGAUACCCCAUCGAGGAUUUCAGCGCCGAGACCGUCAAGUCCUUGAUCGCCGAGGCCCAGAAGGUUGCCUCCGGCAGCGGAAGCGAGCAGGAUGUUGCCGAGGCCAAGGUUGAGCUGGAGGUUCUUGAGAGCCUGCAGGCCGUCCUGAAAUAGAGUGUAAAAGAAGGUCGUGGGUGACAUGACGUUGUACAUCAAAAGACUCGGAUUCCCUAACUCAUCCAACAUCGCAUAAUUGAAUCCACUUGCGAUGUUUUUUUUCGACGUUCCUUCUCCC